AUGCCGGAGAUCGAACAAGACGAUGCGGCGGCGGAGACGGUGGAUUCGUCCACCGUUAAAUUCGGUACACCGGAAGCGUUGGAGUAUGUACGAUCACUCACUGACGUUGGAGCGAUGACGCGACUUCUUCACGAAUCUUCGCAAUCGGAUCCUCUCCUCGCCAAAGAGAUUUUCGAUUACGCUUCACAGCAGCCUAAUUUUCGCCAUUCUCAAUCUUCUCAUCUCAUCCUCAUCCUCAAACUCGGCCGUUGUCGAUACUUCAGUCUCAUCGACGAUGUUCUCGCCAAGCACAGAUCGAGUGGAUACCCAGUGACCGGAGAACUCUUAACAUAUCUGAUCAAAGUCUACGCAGAAGCGAAGUUACCGGAGAAAGUUUUAAGUACGUUUUACAAAAUGUUGGAGUUCAAUUUCACGCCGCAGCCAAGGCAUCUGAAUCGGAUCCUAGAGGUUCUCGUAAGCCAUAAGGGUUAUCUUGGGAAAGCGUUUGAGCUAUUCAAGAGUGCUCGUCUUCACGGAGUGAUGCCUAACACGAGAAGCUACAACAUUUUGAUGCACGCUUUUUGUUUGAAUGAUGAUUUGAGUAUUGCAUACCAACUGUUUGGUAAAAUGCUUGAGAGAGAUGUUGUCCCUGNACAGUCUCGUGUGAACGUUACGCUUUCCCGCAUAGACGCGAUUGUCGAGCGAGGGAAUUGCAUCGAAGGCGUGAAGACGGCUUUGGAAUCGGAGGAUUACGAGUCCGCUGCGAAGUUCGUACAGAGGUUUCUCCAGAUCGAUUCGCAGUACAAGGAUUCUUCUGGUUCUGAUCAGAGAGAGCAGCUUCUUGCUUCGAAGAAGCAGCUUGAAGGUAUUGUGAAUAAGAAGCUCUCAGCGGCGAUUAACCAGAGAGAUCAUCCUACAAUUUUGAGAUUCGUGAGACUGUACUCUCCACUGGGAAUGGAGGAAGAAGGUCUACCGAUUUACGUUCGUUACUUGAAAGAUGUCAUUGCGAUGAGAGGGAGGAUGGAAUACGAAAAUGUGGUGGAGCUCAUGGAGCAAGGAGGAGGACUCGUCGGACAGGUUAAUUUCGUUGGUUGCUUAACCAAUUUGUUUAAGGACAUUGUCAUGGCUAUAGCAGAAAACGAUGAGAUCUUGAGGGGUCUUUGUGGAGAAGAUGGUGUUGUUUAUGCCAUCUGUGAAUUGCAAGAGGAAUGUGAUUCAAGAGGUUCGUCCAUCUUGAAGAAGUACAUGGACUUUAGAAAUUUAGCUGGAUUGGCGUCUGAUAUUAACAAUUCUCCCAAUCUGAAUCUUCUCGCUGGUGGUGCGUCUGAAGGACCAGACCCGAGGGAAGUUGAGCUCUAUGUGGACGAGAUACUGUCCCUGAUGCAGUUGGGUGAGGAUUAUACCGAGUUCAUGGUGUCAAAAAUCAAGUCUUUGACGUCAGUAGAUCCUGAGUUGUUGCCAAGGGCUACAAAGGCAUUUAGAAAUGGAAAUUUUAGCAAAGUGAUCCGGGAUGUGACAGAAUACUAUGUGGUACUAGAAGGGUUCUUUAUGGUUGAGAACGUGAGGAAAGCUAUAAGGAUCGAUGAGCAUGUACCCGACAGCCUUACCACUUCAAUGGUGGACGAUGUGUUCUAUGUUUUGCAGAGUUGCCUGAGGAGAUCUAUUUCAACGUCAAACAUCAGUUCUGUGGUUGCUGUGUUGAGCAAUGCCGGUAGCUUGUUGGGAAAUGAUUACCAUGAAGCUUUACAACAGAAAAUUAGAGAGCCUAACCUUGGUGCUAGGUUGUUCUUGGGUGGUAUCGGUGUGGAAAACACCGGGACUGAGAUUGCAACUGCUUUGAACAAUAUGGACGUGAGCUUCGAAUACAUUCUCAAACUAAAACAUGAAAUUGAGGAGCAAUGUACUGAGGUGUUUCCUGCACCAACAGAUCGAGAGAGGAUUAAAUCAUGUCUAUCUGAGUUAGGCGAGUUAAGCAACUCGUUCAAGCAAUUACUCAACUCAGGCAUGGAACAGCUCGUAGCAACCGUAACACCAAGAAUCCGUCCGGUUCUAGACACCGUAGCUACCAUAAGCUACGAGUUAACAGAAACUGAGUACGCAGAGAACGAGGUGAAUGACCCGUGGGUGCAAAGACUUCUCCACUCGGUCGAAACAAACGCCGCUUGGCUCCAACCACUGAUGACAUCCAACAACUACGACUCGUUUCUGCAUCUCAUAAUCGAUUUCAUAGUCAAGAGACUCGAAGUCAUAAUGAUGCAAAAACGGUUUAGCCAACUUGGCGGGCUUCAGCUUGACAGAGACACAAGGGCUUUGGUUAGUCAUUUCUCGGGCAUGACUCAGAGAACAGUGAGAGAUAAGUUUGCUCGAUUAACUCAGAUGGCGACGAUACUGAACUUGGAAAAGGUAUCAGAGAUUUUGGACUUUUGGGGAGAGAACUCAGGACCCAUGACUUGGAGACUCACACCAGCUGAAGUUAGACGGGUUUUGGGUCUCCGGGUCGAGUUUAAACCCGAAUCAAUUGCUGCUCUCAAGUUGUGAUGUUA